AUGAGAAGUUCAUGUGCAGCACACGUCUUGAGUAGCAGGAGACCAUUGCUGGUGCAUUUGCCAAAGCCGUGUUUUCUGAUUGUCCCUUCCCAAGGGGAGUUGGAGCUUCAUAAGGCGGUCAUUAAUGCCUUCAGGAAGCUGAGAAAGUUGCCUGACGAGGUGGGAUCUGACAGCAAAUCCGACACCUGCUUCCCUACAUUCAUUACUGCUGUGACCACUCCAGAAGAAAGUGUAUCCACCACCACAUUCUGUAAGCUGGCCCUUGUCUGCAAGUACGGCUUUAUUAACACAUGUUUGAGGACAUUAGUGGUUGAGAAGUUUGGAGAAGAGAUAUGGGAGCAGCUAAGGUUACUGGCAGGAGUCCAAGACACCUUUAUGACCUAUGAAAUUUACGAUGAUGUCAUCACUAUUCGUCUGGUGCAAGAGGCUUGCAAAAUGCUAGAUAUUUCUUCCGAGGUGGUGCUGAAGUUAUUUGGAGAAUACUUCUUCAGCUUUUGUAAGAUGUCUGGUUAUGACACCAUGCUGCGCACACUUGGUGGAAAUUUGGUUGAAUUCAUUGAGAACCUUGAUGCCCUCCAUAGUUACCUGGCAUUAUCUUAUCAGGAGAUGAAUGCACCUUCUUUCCGUGUGGAGCGAACAAAUGAUGGCAGGACUCUGCUCCACUAUUACUCAGACAGGAAAGGACUUCACCACAUAGUGCCUGGCAUAAUUGAAGCAGUGGCGAAGGAUUUCUUCGGCAGCAAAGUGACCAUGAACAUCCUUGAGCAGCCGGAGGAGGCAGAGCGCACAGGGAAGAAGGAGCAUGUAAUUUUCCUCAUGACACAAACAAGCGAAGGGACCCAAACUAAAGAAGAUGAUGGUCGAGAGCAGAGAGAGGUCAAAGAGAUGGUUACGUCAGACAUUAUCCUUCACUCUUUUUGCCCGAUCUACCCAAAGAGACUGUGGAUUGAUGAGAAAGCCUUCUGUAAUGCUUUCCCUUUUCAUAUAGUGUUUGACCAAGAUCUGACUGUAAAACAGACUGGCGUGAACAUACAGAAAUUUGUGCCAGGGCUGCAACAGGCAGGGAUCCGCCUGGAUGAAUACUUCAGUGUGGUCCAUCCUGAAGUAACAUUCAAUAUAUACAGCAUCAAGAAGUUUAUCAACAGCCAGUUUGUACUGAAGACUAAAAGGGAGAUGCUUCCGAAAAGCUUCCAAAGCCAGUCCAUGCUCAAAUUACGAGGUCAGAUGGUGUGGAUGGAGUCACUGCACUGUAUGGUGUAUCUCUGCUCUCCUAAGCUGCGCAGCCUGCAGGAGCUGGAAGAGCGCGGCCUGCACUUGGCCGACAUCGCUCAGCAUGACACAACACGAGACCUCAUCCUGCUCAACCAGCAGCGUCUGGCCGAGAUUGAGCUCUCAAACCAGCUCGAGCGUAAGAAGGAGGAGCUGCGCAUUCUCUCUCGCCAUCUGGAACUCGAGAAGAAGAAGACAGAGACACUGCUGUAUGCCAUGCUGCCACAACAUGUUGCUAACCAGCUCAAAGAGGGCAAGAAAGUGGAGGCAGGUGACUUCAAGGUGUGCACUAUCCUCUUCAGUGAUGUGGUCACCUUCACAAACAUCUGCGCAGCUUGUGAGCCCAUCCAGAUCGUCAACAUGCUGAAUGCCAUGUACUCCAAAUUUGACCACCUCACAAAUGUCCAUAAUGUCUACAAGGUGGAGACGAUUGGCGAUGCUUAUAUGGUGGUUGGUGGUGUGCCCAUUCCCAAGGACACACAUGCUGAGCGCGUGGCAAACUUUGCCUUGGGCAUGAGGCUUGCUGCCAGGGAGGUGAACAACCCUAUCACAGGACAGCCAAUUCAGAUCAGAGUCGGUCUACACACUGGGCCUGUGCUGGCGGGUGUAGUAGGAGAAAAAAUGCCCCGCUACUGUCUGUUUGGAGACACAGUCAAUACAGCAUCCCGAAUGGAGAGUCAUGGAGUUCCUGACCAUAUACACCUGAGUCCUUUCACCUACAGUGUUCUGAAGGAUAAGCAGUUUGAGAUCAGUGAAAGAGGUGAGAUCCAGGUGAAGGGCAAGGGUCUGAUGACCACCUACUUCCUGCACCAGAACCUCAAGCUGUCUGAAGAGCAGAUCAUGGGCCAAGGGGAAGAAGCCACUUGUAUGUACAGAGAUGACCAUAAGGAGGUGACACAAGCCACAGAUGAUAAAGUAAAAGAAAUGGAAAAAGAGAGGAAAUCUCCUUCCAAAGAGCAAAGCAGCAGCUCCUUCACCUAUCAUUCUUCUGGUGACCCUUCGCCGCUUCCAGCCACAGAUGACACUUCACCCUUUUCCCCUGCUACUGACUCUCCUCCUCAUGAUAAACUUAAUUAUGUGCUUGAUUACUCAGAACCCAUUGACAAUGGCCUUCCUUCAGAAAACGUCAAUAUCAACUCCCGUCUCUGCAUGCUUCUUUAA